AUGGCCUUAGCGUCUACCAACGGAGAGGUCGUCACCCUGCCAUCGCCUUCGCCAGACCAAGUCUACGUAACGAUUUCUGCCCUCGAAGGCGGCCACCUAACCCUCCCGGAGAGCCUCUUCGUAACACCGGCCGACCCAGAAAAACGCAGCACCGUCCCAUCCCUCUCUUUCCUCAUUCAACACCCACCCUCCAUCCAGACACUCAGUCAAGAUGCCAGGUCGGAGACGACCAAACUCAUUUUCGAUCUCGGCCUCAAGCGCGACUUCUCCGGCUACCGCGAAGCGCAACAACAGCACAUCGCACAGCGUCAACCCACAACCGUCUCCCCCGACGUCGCCGAGAGCCUGCAGAAAGGUGGUCUUUCGCCCGAAGACAUCAAUAAAGUGGUCCUGAGCCACGUCCACUGGGACCACGUCGGCACGCCCUCGGACUUCCCCAACGCAGAAUUUGUGGUAGGAAACGGGACUUUGCAUCUCCUCGCGCACGGCGGCGGUCCUUUGUAUCCGGCUUCCCUAUUCAACGCGGACGAGCUCCCAAGAGAUAGAACGAAGGAACUACCAGCGGUGCAAAAUAGCGCAGAGUUCGAAUCACAUGACCGUGUCAGCGAACACCGUUGGCAGCCCAUGGCCGGCUUCCCCUCAGCCAUCGACUUCUUCGCCGACGGCUCCCUCUACAUCAUCGACGCGCCGGGCCACCUACAUGGGCACGUAAACCUUCUCGCGCGCACCGCGCCGGGAAAAUGGGUAUACCUCGGGGGCGACUGCUGCCACGACCCACGGAUUUUAAGCAGAGAAAGGGAGAUUGCGCUGUAUGAUGAUGGGAAGGGCGGGCUUAGGAGCGUGCAUAUGGACACGGACGGGGCAACGAGGACGGUGGAAAGGGUACCUCAAUAUCCUCCUCUCCUAUCCACAUCCACGAUGCAGCUCUCAAGCCUCCUCGGCGCCAUCGCGCUCCUCACCCUCGCCGCCGCAGAGCCUACAGUCUACCUCAUCCGCCACGGCGAAAAGCCCGACAGCGGAAAUGGCCUCAGUGCAGCAGGUCAGCAGCGCGCACAAUGUCUGCGCUCCGUCUUUGGCGCAACCUCCAAAUACCAAAUCGGCCAUAUCAUGGCGCAGACCCCCAAGUCUGAUGGCAAACGCAAACGCCCCUACGACACCGUCGCCCCUCUCGCCGCCGACCUCGGCCUUAGCGUCGAUACCUCCUGUGACCGGGACGAUGCGAAGUGCGUAGAGGAUGUGGUCAAGGGCUACACAGGCUCGGGCAAUAUCUUGAUUUGCUGGGAGCAUGAUGCGCUGAGUGACAUUGUGGACGAAUUGGGCAAAGAUGACAACCCACCUAGUUAUCCCGAUGAUGCGUAA